GCUAGGUGAAGUAGGGCCGAAUAGCAUAGUGUAUCGGGGGGGCGGGGUCCUGCUGCGUAGCGUCCUUACUGUAUGAUGAAUCCUUCCAACGAUGACUCGACGAAAUACAUGGUCUCAUCCUCGUCAUCCUCGCACCUGCAGUCGGCCACCAACCUGCUGGCUUCCUCGCUCGGCCUUGCCGACAGUGGCGUGUUCUUCAAUCAAAGUGUCCGUGAACGGGACGUUGGCGCACUGGCGUCGUCAUCGGCGUCGGCGGCGGCAGCAGUGGCAGAAAGCGCCACUGCCAGUGCGGACACGCUGUCCAUAUUCGACGCGUCCGGAAGCAGCAUAAUGUUGCAGGGUUUCUCAUCGACCGCACCCAUCGGCAGCUCGAUGGACACGGUCGGUACGAACGAAACGAUCGUCGAAGGAAGCGGAGCCAGCGAAUGGAUCGACGUGGUGCUGCUGGUGCUGAAGGCCUCCAUCAUGAUGUUCAUCAUCGUGGCGGCCAUCUUCGGCAAUCUGCUCGUCAUCAUCUCCGUCAAACGCCAUAGAAAGUUAAGGGUAAUCACGAACUAUUUCGUCGUAUCGCUUGCCAUGGCUGACAUCAUGGUGGCAAUGAUGGCCAUGACAUUCAACUUUAGUGUACAAUUAACGGGAAGUUGGAAAUUUGGGUCGUUCAUGUGUGAUGUGUGGAACAGCCUAGAUGUCUACUUCUCCACCGCCAGUAUACUUCACCUGUGCUGUAUUUCAGUGGAUAGAUAUUAUGCCAUAGUGAAACCACUUAAGUAUCCGAUAAGCAUGACGAAGCGAGUCGUAGCGAUAAUGUUAUUAACUACAUGGAUAUCACCAGCGCUGUUGUCAUUCGUGCCGAUCUUUGCCGGUUGGUACACUACGGAUAAGCACAAAAUGGAGGUACUGCUGAACCCGGACAGCUGCCUGUUCAUCGUCAACAAGCCAUACGCAGUCAUUUCCAGCUCCAUCUCCUUCUUUAUCCCCUGCACGAUCAUGGUGUUCACGUACUUCCAGAUAUUUCGCGAGGCCAACCGGCAGGAGAAGCAGCUGGCUCUCCGGCAAGGCACUGCCAUGCUGAUGCAUCAACACAACGUCGGAGGGGGCGGUGGUGGUAGCGGUGGAGGUACUAAUGGAGAGGCCCUCAGUGGAAGCGGUUCCUCGAAGACGCUUACCCUGCACGAGGUGGACGCGGAACAGACGCCGACCAAGGAUCGGCAUCUGAUCAAAAUGAAGCGAGAGCACAAGGCUGCCCGAACGCUCGGCAUCAUUAUGGGAACGUUCAUUCUAUGCUGGCUUCCGUUUUUCCUAUGGUACAUCAUCACAUCGUUGUGUGACCAGUGUCCCAAUCCGGAUAUUGUGGUUAUGCUAGUGUUCUGGGUUGGAUACUUCAACUCCACCCUGAACCCGCUUAUCUACGCCUACUUCAACAGAGACUUCCGGGAAGCGUUCCGGAACACGCUCAACUGCAUGUUCUGCGCCUGGUGGCGCCGGGAAACGUCCCCGCUGGACAUUAAUGUCCGGCGGGCGAGCCUACGUUAUGACUGCCGGGCGAAGAGUGUUUAUUCCGAGAGCUAUUUACGACCAUCGUCCCAAACCGAUCGCUUUCACAGCGAGAUCGGUGAAAGUCUGUAACGGCGGUACGAUGACGUCGAUUCAGAAGCCACUGAGACUACCCGAUUCUUCGAGUGAA